GUAGAAUAUGACAAACAAUGCUGGUUGACCAUAGCAGAGGGCUCAGAUAAAGUAUGGAGAGCCCGGAGUUAACUUUCACUUUAGCUUACUUGGUGUUCUCUCUCUGUUUCGUGUUCACUCCCAACGAGUUCCGCUCGGCCGGUCUGACCGUCCAGAACCUGUUCUCCUCCUGGCUGGGCAGCGAGGAUGUGGGCUUCAUCCAGUACCACGUCCGGAGGACCAGCAUCACCGUCCUGGUGCACUCGGCUCUGCCGCUGGGUUACUACAUGGGGAUGUCUAUCGCUGCUCCAGAGAAAAACCUGGGAUACAUUCACCAGGUGAGUGACAGCUGGAGAGCGUUUCUUCUUCUCUCUCUCUGCCUCCAGUUGGCCAGCUGGACACUCGUCAUCUACUGGUCCCGCCAUCACUGGCACAACCAUCCCAUCAGCCGGGCCCUGCAGGCCCACAUCCAGCCUCCUCACUCUAGCUGGGGCUCCGUAGCGAGCAGUGUCAACACAGAGUUCAGGCGCAUUGAUAAGUUUGCUACAGGGGCGCCUGGAGCCAGAGUCAUCGUUACUGACAGCUGGGUCUUCAAGGUGACCACCUACUACAUCCACAUGGCCUUACAGAAUGAAUGUCAUGUGACCGUGACAGAGUCCAGACAGCACCAGCUGAGUCCAGACUCGCCGUCCCCCACACAGAUCCUGACCUUGAGAGUGGACAGCAUUAACCCUGCUGCCAGACCCUUUGAUAUCAGGCUCAACUCCACAGAGUAUGCAGAGCUCAGGGAGAAGCUCCAUGCUCCCAUCAGAAACUCUCCUAAUGUCGUGAUCCACCAAACCAUGAGCGAACUCUUCCUGGAAACAUUCAGAGCUCAGGUGGAACUCAAUCAGCCAUACACCCCGCCCAGUGGACAGGAGAUGGAGCCCUGUAUCGGCUGCAUGCAGGUUCCAGCAGGCACCAAGCUGGUCAGACUCUGCCACACAGAAGGAGCAGAGAAUGAGUCGGAGUGCCAGCAGUGUUUCUGCAGACCCAUGUGGUGUCUGUCCUGUCUGUGUCGAUGGUUCGCCAGCCGCCAAGACCAGCAAAGACCUGAGACCUGGUUGUCCAGCAGAGUCCCCUGCCCGACCUGUAGAGCCAAAUUCUGUAUACUGGACAUCUGUGUGGUCCACUGACAAGACACACACAAACACACACACACACACGCACACACACACACACACACACACACACACACACACACCUCCAAACAGACUCUUUCCUCUCACAGUUAUGCAGAGUGUGCUUUUAAACAGCAGACAUCUAAAGGAGAGGAGCAGUGGACAGGACGCUGACUGAAGUUAGCUAUUCUUUGCUUUCAAUAAAAAGGGAUCGUUCAGAAUGAUGAUGUAACACUCUGAUUGGUUCUAAUCCCAAACAUAGUUAAUAGUUGUCUGGUCUGUUCAAUGUGACAUUUUGGGAGGUAUGCUUGUUUGGUUGAAUCACAAGGGAAGAUAUCAGUGAGCUCAGCAUAAAGACUAGAUGCUUUUGAAGUGUAGAAGCUGCUUUUUAGAGCGACUCACAGGUGAUCACAUGGUUAUUCAAAUGUGUCGUCUAGAGCAGCAAAUCAGAAAUAAAGAUUUAACCCUUUAACGCUAACACCUGCAUAAACAUCAGAUUUCUUGUGCCAUGUUCAGACGCCUUUC